AAAUCGUCAUAUGCUUGUAAAUAUCAGCAUCUUUUGCCUCUUCGGAAGUAUUAUUUUCUUUUCUGGUUUUUAUCGGUAAUGCAAAGUAAAAUUACCUGAAAAAUCUGUAAAAGGUUUGAAUAAGUAGUGUAAGUAGUGAAAACAACAAAAAAUCGUUAUGGUGAAAGUGUAGAAGUGUUAAUAUUCGUAGAAGAAAAAUCAAGUUCAGAUAAUUUUUAGCUUCACCUUUUGGCAGGGGCUGAGUUACAAAGUGAGAGCAUGUGACGUGAGUUCUUGCUUACGCGACAGAAUCAAAUCAACGGAAAAAUAGUGCGGAAAGUGGUGAUAGAUGAUGCUUAAUGAUUGGUGUUUUUUGAGAAUAUUUUGAAGAAUAUUGCUAAAAAUAAAAGUGCAAUUGAAUCUACAAUAUCUACUGUUUCUUAGCAACAUAAAAUGAGCUACUCCAGGGGCCAAUAUUAUGAGCAAAGAUCUCGUUCCCGCAGCCGUGAUCGAAAGUAUCGCCGGGAAAGCCGCGAGGAUAGUUAUCGAUACAGCUCAUCCUACGCUGGUGGAUCUGAUUAUGCCGGGGGCAGAGACAGCGGAAGUUACCGCCCUCGAAGCUCACGACAAUCGCAUGCCGCCGAGCCCCACCAAUCACAUCACAGUGCGGCGGAGUACGACGAAAGCAAGGCCGUUCUGGCGGUCUUCAAUUUGAGCAUUUAUACCACCGAAUCCGAGCUGUUCGACAUGUUUACCAAGUUCGGACCACUGAAGAAAGCAACUGUAGUGAUCGACGCGAAGACCGGUCGUUCCCGCGGGUUCGGUUUCGUAUACUUCGAGAGCACCGAGGACGCCAAGGUGGCACACGUGCAAGCCAAUGGUAUCGAAAUCGGCGACCGCAGAAUACGGGUCGACUAUUCAGCAACGGAAAAGCCCCAUGAUCCGACCCCGGGGGUGUAUUACGGCAAAGCAAGCUACCCAAAGGGGGGAGGCGGCGGGUCCAGCGGUGGCGGCUACGAUAGUGGAAGAUCUCUGGGACCACCGGCCCAGAUGGCAGGCAACAUGGCAGCACCCGGUGGAUACUACCACUGUCGGGCCUGCGAGAUCGAAGCGCGCGAGCGUGAACGAUGGGAACGGGAUUCGCGACGCUACGGAAAUGGCAGAGAAAGAGAGUACUACUACCAGGACAAGUAUUCUGGCUCGAGAACAAACGAGAUGCGUAGCCGUGAACGGUCGGCUCCGUCUCGGUCACGGAAUGACUACUACCGAGGAGGUGCAGGUGUCCGCUGACGUUGGUUACCGAUUGUUGCGCCAAAUGAUCAGAGGAAGUUCUGUUUCAAAAAUAAGGUCAUUUCGUAAAUUAUGUUCCACAAUGAUUUGUAUUCUCUUAAGCAUCAUCAUUUUCUCAAUCAAAGGCCAAUCUUCUAUGGUGCAUGCAAUGCACAACAUCAAAUGAAACUGUUAUGCACGAACAUUUUACAAAUUAUGUCAACAUGAAAUAAGUUAAAUAACAAUUGCAAUGAUAAUUUCACAGGAAAUAUAACACCUUUUUAGUAUAAACUAAUGCAGCUUUUCAACCGAUGAAAUCAUAUCUAAUAAUUAUCCAUAAAAAAUCUUAGUUUUAAAGCGUAACUGAUAUGUUUUUAUCGUUGAGUCAAGCAUGUAUUUCAGUUGCAGCUUGUGGUAUUUUCCACAAUCAUAAAAUCAAACAAAUAUACCUAUAUUGAAGUUUUGAAUACAA